CAGCGUGUGGUUGCAACAUGGCAUUCUACAACAAAUACAAUAUGAGAGAGCGAGCAAGCAAGCUAAACUAGUAGCUGGCACCCACUUUCACCACGACCCCGCCCCUUGUACACACGCCUCGCCGCUCUCUCUCCAUCACACACAGAGCAGCGCUAUCAGCUGUCGCGCUACGCAUCGCGCGACACCCGGCCCAGCAUGGACUUCAACUUCACCGGUAUCGCCAAGUCCCGACCAGCCAUCAACCUCGGCGGCCAGCUCUCCUCGCAGACGUCCGCAUCGCUCGCCGCCAACGCACGGCAGCAGCGGCAGCAGCGAGAACAACUGCGCCGCAAGGAGGCCGCUGCGCAGACGGUCCAGCGCGUCUGGCGCGGUCGCCGUGCGGCCGAGUGCACACGACGGGGCUGGGAGGCGGACCUGGGCCGUCUGCUUGCAGAGAUCGAGGCGCGAGUGGCGGCUGAGGGCACGCUGGCUUGCCGCUCGACAGAGGUUCGAGAUCAAUGGCUCGCAGCGACGUCACUUUUAGUCUUUGCCACCAAGGCCAAAGCGGAACACGUCGUCGUGGACAACUCUGGACGCCUCGAGAGAUGGUGUCGCCUAGCGUUGACUCCAAUGUCAAGAGCCUCAUCAGCUUCUGCUUCCACCGCUACAGAUGCCGAUGCGGCAGACACACAGCUCCCUGUUGUCUUGUAUUCAUUCUUUGAGAGUACCUCUACGGCGCGAUUUGAUGAAGCGCGAUGGCGCGCUUUCUUCUUGCUCAGCUCGGUCGCCCGCCGGCUAGAGGCUGCCGUGCAGAACCCCACACUAGCAAAAGGCAGUCAAAUGGCAUGUUGCACGUUUUUCAAGACGUUGUUAUUUUUGGCAGGCCAAGAUCCAGGGACGGAGAAAGCGCUGAGAACGAUCCAAAUCGCGUCUCCACGACCCGACGUGAAAUGCGGCAUGGACCAGCGUCUGGUCGGCCGCCUGCUUCGGCAAGGCGCUUGGUUCAGCUCGUUGCGCAGGCAUCUUCUGACACAUUCGGUGGACCGCAAAGCGUCGCCUGAUACGGUAUCGCUCUGCAUCCAGCUCUGUUUCGCACCGUUUAAAGUCUUCACUUCUCCGACGCAGACAGGCGCAAGCGGGACCUCUCGGGCGAAUCCAAUCGCUAUCGAGGCAGAUGCAGGCGCAGACGCCGAUCCGACAGGCCUGUUUCCGAGUCCUGCCGAAGCAUACAGACUCGCUUUGCGGCAGUUCACCGAGCAGAUCAUGACGAUUCCGCUCCUUCCCAAACGCAUACCGCUCAGCAGCCUUACUCAGCUGGUGGCAGCAUCGCCAUUCAAUGGGAUCGUAGGACAGCUGUCUUCGAGCGACACACUGACCCUGUGCGACCUACACGUGGUUGAACAGGCGCAUCUGCUCGCCAACUUCCUCGCACUCAGCGCGGGACGCGUGCCGCAUAUUACUGACGGCAAGACUCUCAAGGCGUACCUGGAGAGCCUGACGGCGAUGCAAGAUGCCGUUGCGGACAGCAACGUACUGGCGCACAUCCCUGCGUCGGCGCGCAGGCAGGAAAGGGGCAAGGGCAAGGCGGGCGUUGCAUCUACCCCACCCGCCUCGGCUGCUGCUGGCGGACAGGGUAAGAGGAUGAGAGCUGCUGUUGAAAUGAUCGAGGACGAAGAAGAGCGCGAGCAUGGGCAUAUUUACCUCGCUGCUGGACAUGGAGAUCAAGCCAUGGCACCUCCGGGCGCCUCUACCGGCGCCGUAGCCGCCACGGAGCAGGAGCAACUCGACGACCAGACGUACAGAUCGCUCCUAAUCCUCCCGUCGCUGACACACAUCAACGCGAUCGUGGCCGCUUCCAACCGCUUCAGCGCUUCUAGCCGUCCAGCACUCUUCCGCUUCCUCACAUCCACGCUCAAUGCCGGGUGGCCGAUCGACAUCCGGGACGACAUGCUCAGCAACAUCUUGUACAGCAACAGCAACCCGGCCGCGCCACCAGGCAUGGCAGCGGCAGGCGGUGAUGCGGCACGAAGCGCCGCAUCAGCGACUGGCGGCCUGGUCCGCGAAAUCUGGCGCGGCUGGGUACGUGCGAGCCCGCUCGCGACGCGCCUUACAGCCAGCGGCGGCGGAACGGAUGCGGUGCCGGUCACUUCACAAGCAGGUGCUUCCAGUGGACUUGGCGGGGAUGCGGUCGGGGCGGACGUCAAAGCGUUCCUUGGCACGUUGGGCGAUCCGGCGCUAGCGAAUGAGUGGCCUGCGUUGAUUGUCCUCUGCGAGCUGUACAGUCGCACGCUGCUUACUGUUGGCGAUGACGAGUUCUAUCCGCCUAGCUCGGCGUCACCAUCCUCUUCGUCGCCUCUGAGAGAUGCCGUCACGGCUCCUUUGGCAGCCAGCCGGGUUCUGGUUUCGCCUGCUUCUGCUUCUAGCGGCGGUUCAUCGAGGAACCCGCUUAGUCUCGACGAGGUCGUCAGCCUCAGCGCGCUGCUGCGGAAUCUGACCUUCGCCAUGUAUUGGCACGAAGGCAACGGCUCGCUCGCGACGUUGCAGCCAAUCGUGUCGGGGCUUGCCGCCAGCGGCGCUAAGCGAAGCCAGCCGCCAGCGGGGGUCGCAACAGGUGGCGCAUCCGGCACGAGUGUGUCGCCCUUCGCUCCAGCGCAACAGCAGCAGCAGCAUGUGAACGAGCCAGACUGCCUUCCAGGCAUGAAGAUGUCGCUGCUCAGCUUGCGGACCCUCUUUACAAAGCUCCUGCAGCAGCUCUAUGCGCGCGAUUCACGGAGGGAGUUUACGCCAGAGGGCCACUGGCUCAUGGUGAGCCAGUUCGACAUGCAGGCGUUCAUCCAGACCGUCAUCAUGGAGGAGACCGAACUUGCUGGGCCCGCGGCCGGAACGGCAGCGACAGACCAGGUGGAAGAGGAAGACGUGGACGAAGAUGGUGAUCGGAGGAUGGGUGCUGGCGCGCAAGCGCACAGAUUGGCAGCCAAUACCCGGAGCGACAAUAUGGACGGCGGAGAUUCGGACAUCCCGGCCCUGCCCGUGUCAAUUCGCCUUCGUGCCCGGCGAGGCAGGACACAGGGAUUGACGGCUCGCACGCUCGCGUUCCUCAGUCCGAGGCUUGGCGUGCUGAACAACAUACCUUUUGUCAUCCCGUUCGAGGUGCGUGUCGAGAUCUUCCGCCAAUUCAUCCGCAAUGACGCACAGCGCCUUGGUAUCGAGCAGCAUGCGUUCAUGCGUCCGCGUCGGCACAGGAUCAAAGUCCGGCGUGGGCACGUUGCCGACGACGGGUUUGCACAGCUCAAUCUACACGGCGAUAUGCUCAAGCAUCCUAUCGAGAUUGCGUUCAUCGAUGAGUGGGGACAGGAAGAGGCUGGCAUCGAUGGAGGCGGCCUGUUCAAAGAGUUCUUGACCUCCCUCGUCAAGGAAGUAUUUGAUACCGAUCGCGGCUUGUGGUGCGCGACCAACGAGCAAGAGAUAUACCCUAACCCGCACUCGUACGCGCAGACGCCUGAAUCGCUCGAGUGGUACACCUUCCUCGGACGCAUCCUUGGCAAGGCCAUGUACGAGGGCAUCCUUGUUGAUGUCAAGUUCGCGAGUUUCUUCCUCAGCAAGUGGCUCGGUAAGCAGUCUUACCUCGAUGACUUGUCCAGCUUGGGCAGCCUUGACAAAGAACUCUACAAGGGCUUGAUCUACCUCAAGAAUUAUCCUGGCGACGUCGAAGCGGAUCUGGCGCUCAACUUUACCGUGACAGAUGAGGAGUUCGGCGUGCAGCAUACAACCGAGCUGGUCCCUGGCGGCUCUUCCAUCGCCGUCACGCGGGAGAAUCGUUUGUCGUACAUUUACCGCGUCAGCCACUACCGCCUGACGGCACAGAUCGCACGGCAGUGCCGCGCCUUCUUUAACGGGCUGAGCGAGAUGAUCGACCCGAGGUGGCUGCGCAUGAUGAACAGGGAGGAACUGCGAGUCAUCGUCAGCGGCGCCGAUCAGCCGAUCGACAUUGACGAUUUGAAGGCGAACACGGUGCUUGCCGGCUACCACGAGAAGGACCUCGCCGUCGAGUACUUUUGGAACGCGCUCGCAACGUUCGACGACACAGCACGCAGGGCGCUGCUCAAGUUCGUCACUUCGUGUCCGUCGCCUCCGCUCCUCGGCUUCUCGCAGCUCAACCCUAAGUUCGCGAUUCAGCAUAGCAGUGAUGAUAGUUCGAGGCUGCCGACGGCGAGCACGUGCAUCAACCUGCUCAAGCUCCCACGCUAUACCAGCCAGGGGCAGUGCUUGGAGAAGCUGAGGUACGCGAUCCAGGCGAAUUCUGGAUUUGAUCUGUCGUGACUGUCAUGUAAUGGCCUCUCGUCUUGUACUCCCUUCCUUGUCCAGAGCAUCUCGCUCGAGGGGGGUUGUCAAAUGCAGCACUCAGGGCUCUCAGACGUGCCGGCAAAGGACGAAUUGGGCACAGACAAUAAUUGUUUCAGACAUGAGCAACACCGAGCGAUAAUUGCAACUAUGCGGAACCCCAUGUAGCCUCAUGCCUUGCACAAAUAGCGCUUCACGC